GGUGACAACCAUAAGUACCGCGCAUUCCUGGACAGGCGCACAAGCGUUCAGAUCCAAAAACGGAGCCGGACUAAACUUUAUCCAACUUAGGGAAAAACUAGAAGUUCCACCGAAAGUUUGAAGAGGAAUCCAAGCAGAAAAAAUGCCAGGCGAGCGGUUAACAGUCAGAGGGGCCUCUGAAGUCGGGCGUUUUCCAGGUGCUGCCCCGCCCACCAGGGUGGAGGUUUCCAUUCAGAGGCAGGAAAAGAAGCGGGAAGAUGGAGGUUGCCGCCGCUGGUUCAGGAAGAUCUGCCCGUGCUGCUGCAAGCGUCAGAACAGUUCUUCCUAUGACGUCACAGACAAAGUGGAGCUGAAAGUCCCAAGCCCCACCCCACCUCCCGUUAUCAGCCCCGAGCCCACCAAACCCAAACCUGAGAAUGGAGAAGCAAAGGAAAUGGAAGAAAUAAAGCUGAAGGUGUGCUCAGUGGACCUUCUCAGCUCCAGAACUGGUCAGAACAGAAAGGAGCAUCAUACCGACUUGUACCACGGCGAUGAGUUGAUCAUCCGCAGAGGACAGACCUUCCAGAUGGAGAUGGAGCUUAACCGUCCGUAUGACCCAGACACCGAUAAGAUACUCCUGGAGCUAAAAACAGGGCCGCUGCCUUUGGUGUCCAAAGGAACCCACAUCAUCAUCCCCUUGGUGGACCACCUGGAGGACGGACGGUGGGAGGCCAAGAUUACCGAUCAAAGCGACAACAAGAUCAAGCUGUCCGUGAACUCUCCAGCCAACGCCGUCGUGGGCCUGUACGGCUUCACCGUCACCAGUCGCCAUGUGAAAAAUGAAACGGCCAACACUCACAAUCCGGACAAGAACAUCGUCAUACUCUUCAACCCUUGGUGUGAAGAGGACACGGUGUUCCUGGACGAUGAGGAGCAGAGGAAGGAGUAUGUGCUGAACGACACCGGCAGAAUUUACUACGGCACAGAGAAACAAAUCGGCGCUCGCACAUGGAACUUCGGACAGUUUCAUGAAGGCAUUCUGGAAGCGUGCUUCUUCAUCCUGGAAAAGAGUGACAUGCCCCCGUCUGGUCGCCGAGAUCCCAUCAACGUGGUCCGAGUCAUAUCGGCCAUGAUAAACAUCCAGGACGACUUCGGCGUUCUGGUGGGGAAUUGGUCAGGGAAUUACUCUGACGGCGUCUCUCCUAACGCGUGGACCAGCAGUAUAGAGAUCCUAAGGAAAUACCACUCGACCGGUGGGGAGCCGGUGAAAUAUGGACAGUGCUGGGUCUUCUCUGCGGUCACCACAACAGUCCUCCGCUGUUUGGGAAUCCCCACCCGCAGUGUGACCAACUUCCAGUCUGCACACGACACGGACGUGUCUCUCACCACAGACGUGUAUUACGAUGAAAACAUGGAGCCGAUUGACGAGCUCAAUAGUGACUCUGUCUGGAACUUCCAUGUGUGGAAUGACUGCUGGAUGGCCAGACCAGACCUGCCUCCUGGUUAUGGAGGCUGGCAGGCUGUUGACUCCACCCCCCAGGAGACGAGCCAGGGCACCUUCCGCUGUGGCCCCGCCUCCCUAAUUGCCAUCCGCUCCGGUCACGUUUAUCUAAAACACGACGUGCCUUUUGUCUUCGCUGAGGUCAACAGUGAUAAAAUCCACUGGCAGAGGAACCUGGACGGUACUUUCAGUCAGGUCCACAUUGAGAAAAAAGCUGUGGGCCACUGCAUCAGCACCAAAGCAGUGGGCUCAGAUGAUCGGGAAGACAUCACAUACCUGUACAAGCACCCAGAAGGUUCAGAGGAGGAGCGCAUCGCCGUGGAGACGGCCAGUCGCUAUGGCAGCAAGCCAGAGGUGUACUCUGCGCCCAUAGCAGAAGAUGUAUGUGUGGAAGUGAAGAUGGAUGGCGAGGGGCCCCGCAUUGGAUCCGAUGCCCAGCUGAGCAUCGUGGUGAAGAACAUGAGCUCGCAGCCCCGCCGGGCGACUCUGCACAGCCAGGCUGCCAUCAUGUACUACACCGGUGUGCUGAAGAACGCUAUAAAGAAGGAUCAGAUACUAGUGGAGCUUUUGCCCAAUGAAGAAAAGAGCAUUGAGUGGGUUCUGCCGUACCAGCAGUACCAGGACCAGCUGGUGGAUCAGGCGGCUCUGAUGAUGACCCUUUCAGGAAGGGUCACCGAAACGAAGCAAGUGCUGGCCAACCAGAUGACUUUCAGGCUGCGUACACCUGACCUCAAAAUAACCCCUCUAGGAGAAGCCGUGGUUGGUAAAGAGAUGUCAGCCAAGAUCACCUUCACCAACCCGCUGCCGCGCACGCUGAAGGGAGUGCUGUUCAGAGUGGAGGGCCUGGGACUUCAGAAGGGUCACGAAGUGGUUGUCGGGGAUGUUGGCGGUCACUCGACCGUGACCCUGACCGAACACUUCAUCCCCACCCAACCCGGAACCAGGAAGCUGGUGGCGUCUCUUGACUGUAAACAGCUCUCACAAGUGCACGGAGUGGCGGACAUUGUUGUCCUUGAAAAAUGAGAAACCUGUCCUCCCAUAGAUCCACUUUUUAAAUCAAAUUAUAUAGUUAGCUAACAUCCAAAGCUCUUUUUUUUCACUGCUGGAAGAUUUUUGAUACUUCAUGUCUUAACAGAAAUAUUGGCCUUUAUUUUUUUAAAUUGCCUACACUUUAUUAACAAUGUAUAUUAAAGUUAAAAAUCGAAUACUAAUGCACUUCAGGACACUGAGCAAAGCACGUGAAGGUGCAAUUCUUGCUCAUUUGAAGACAUUGUAUAUACUAUAUGUAGUACAGCUCUGAAAGACCCACUACCAUGAGAAUAAUGGUGAUUUUAAGAGGUUUUUGUGGCAUUUUUCUCAUGAUAUACGGAGAAAAUGAAGAUUAAAAUUCCAUUAUAAAGCAUUUUUUUAUUCAAAAAAUGCAGUUUGAAAAAAAAACAAUAUAUGACAUAGAAAAUACUAAGAGGUUGGGGUUUUGAGGGACUAUAAGCUAGCGGGAAGUGGGGCGGGGUUGCCAACCUACAACUCAGAGGCAAAUUUCUAAUGAACUACCGCAGAAACUAUUUCCCAGAAAACAACAGUUUUUGGGACAAUCAUAAUAAAAUACUACCAAUGCUUUGAAAAUAGAUCAAAAGCUGAUCAGAGUGGGCCUUGAAUGUGAAAAAUUUUGAUGAAAUGAAGGCUUUUAUGAAGGGAUUGUACUGUGAAAUGUUUGCUUCACACAAAUCGCGUUAUACCGAAUAUAUUGAGGCAUUUUCUGUAUCACGUUAUCCCAUUUUUAGUUUUUAAAUGGAAAAAUAAUCCCCAGGUCCUCGCUUUGCAUUUUUUGUGUGUAAUUCUCCAUCAUUGUUUGUAUACUAGAGCUGAUCCUGGUUCUAACAUCAGCACUCAAUACACUCUGUAUAAUGUGAAGAAAACUAUAUAUAACCCUAACAUUAAUGUAUUUUAUCUUCCAGGAAUGUAUAUGUAUCAUAAUAAAAGUCAUAAAAGUCA